AUUUAUUUAUUUAUAUUCAAUGACCUUUCAAGGGAGACGAGGAUGAAGACAAUUUUGCAUGUUUUGCAUUUUGUAGCGGAAAUGUACACAGAAUAACACUGAAUUGAUUUAUGACACAAUAGUGUAAUAAUUGUUAUCUAAAACACUGCAAAGAAUUUAUGAGCAUCAGGUGAUCAUUUGAUGAUUCAAUCUUCAAUGAAUUUACUGAUAUUUAAAUGUUGCAAGCUUUCUUCUUAAAACCUUUUUUUUGGAGUGGUGAUCCUUUAGGUUCAAUAACAAUUUAUGAUGAUUGUGGAGCUCCUCCUGUAGACCACAUUACUUUUACCACACCAGACACACAGUAGCAAGAAGCUGAUCUCCAUCACAAUUCCCUGGGCAGGACCCAGUUCUGCUAUUUAGAUCCAUUUUCAAUGGAGAGGUUCAUCUAUUUUGAAAUUAGGACUUUUUGUUUUGGUCGUGAAUUAAUGUCAGUGUUGGUGAGGACAAAGAUCACAUAAACAGCAGCUUAUCACUGGAUGUUCUUUUUAUUUGUGUUUUAAAUCUACAAAAGCCAUAUAUAAUCACGCUGAUUGAUUUAUUGAGGAAGCAGCGAGAGAAAAAUACGUUUUAUCACUUGUCUAACUUUAGUUUCUCGUAAACCAUUUAUUCCAGUUAACCUGAGGUAGGUCACGUUAUCUGACUAUUAAUGUUUGAACAGGUGAGGAGCAAAUUACUGUUGUGUUUUGUUGCCCAUACCCUACUGUUAAUGGCUAAUAUUGACAUUUAAAAUGAAGUGGUUUUCAUGGCCUUAUGUAUACUUUAAGGAAGGGUCUUGCAUUUCGGAGGCUGCCAUUUUGCACCACUGUGUGUCUGCACCUGCCCAAACCAACAGACGAGCAAGAUUCUCUCUGCUAUGUGAAGGCCACCAUACUUAGCUGAUUUGCUUUGUUAAGGGAGGGAUGAGCAGAGGAGACGUCACAUUGUUAGAAUCUGCAGUCUCUGCAUCAGCAGUGUGAAUGAACUGGUUAUUCAAGGAUUUGUCGCUACAUUUCUAAAUCCAGGUAGAUGUAAAUUUGUGUGCUGUGUUUUCAGAGUUGUUUUCCAGAUGACAUGUUAUCUAGUUGAUCACCUUCACGUGUUUCUGUUUAUCAGGUUCUGCUAAUGAUUGAUCUGGAAAAAACACUAUUUAAGGAUGGGAUUAGAAACAGAAUCUACAAAGACCACAUAGAUCCACAGAGACCAGACUUGUAGACCAGUGAAAGAAUGGAGGUGACAUUGUUUUUCCCACUGCUGCUGUUCUGCUCUCUCUCUACAGCUGAACCUCCGUCAGAGUCUGACAAUGACAUUAUUCCUCGUGGAGAACAAGCUGAUUACCAGGGAAGGAAAUCUGCAAAUGUCUCUUACCAGAGACCGACCUGUCCACAAGACAUCCACGCUGUAAUGAGAGAGAUGAGCUCCAUGUUGGCUGAGCAGAAGGUAGAGCUGAGACACCUACAGAGAGAGAAUGAAGCACAAGCAGCCAAGUUGAAAGAAGUGGAGGUGCAGAAGACUCAGCUGGACCAGCUGAAGCAACAGGUCCAAGCACAGGCAGGAGAACUGACUGCUGUUAAAGCCAAGACCAAUGUGACAGAAAACCAGGUGGAGGCUCUGAUGAGAGACAGAGAAGUCAAACAGGUGGCCUUCUCAGCCUCUCUGUUGGCUUCAGGCUCAGGAACCAUGGGACCAUUUAAUGCACACACUAAUCUGGUCUUCAGACAUGUCACCACAAAUAUUGGAAAUGCCUACAGCCCAAACACAGGUUUUUUCAUUGCACCAGUGAGAGGAGCCUACCACUUUGAGUUCUACAUAGGUGCACAUGGAUCUUCACAUCCCUCAGCUGCUGUGUUGGUCAAGAAUGGACAGCACAUUUUUAUUGCAUAUGAACAUCAGCCUUCACAUUAUGGGAGUUCUUCUAAUGGUGCUACACUGCACUUAGAGGUCGGAGAUGUGGUGUUUUUACGUCUGUGGUUGAACACAAGGAUUUUUGACAGUGAAAAUCACCAUAGCACCUUCAGUGGUCACCUGCUUUUCACUAUGAAGGAUCUUGCAUUUCGGAGGCUGCCAUUUUGCACCACUGUGUGUCUGCACCUGCCCAAACCAACAGACGAGCAAGAUUCUCUCUGCUAUGUGAAGGCCACCAUACUUAGCUGAUUUGCUUUGGUAAGGGAGGGAUGAGCAGAGGAGACGUCACAUUGUUAGAAUCUGCAGUCUCUGCAUCAGCAGUGUGAAUGAACUGGUUAUUCAAGGAUUUGUCGCUACAUUUCUAAAUCCAAGUAGAUGUAAAUUUGUGUGCUGUGUUUUCAGAGUUGUUUUCCAGAUGACAUGUUAUCUAGUUGAUCACCUUCACGUGUUUCUGUUUAUCAGGUUCUGCUAAUGAUUGAUCUGGAAAAAACACUAUUUAAGGAUGGGAUUAGAAACAGAAUCUACAAAGACCACAUAGAUCCACAGAGACCAGACUUGUAGACCAGUGAAAGAAUGGAGGUGACAUUGUUUUUCCCACUGCUGCUGUUCUGCUCUCUCUCUACAGCUGAACCUCCGUCAGAGUCUGACAAUGACAUUAUUCCUCGUGGAGAACAAGCUGAUUACCAGGGAAGGAAAUCUGCAAAUGUCUCUUACCAGAGACCGACCUGUCCACAAGACAUCCAUGCUGUGCUGAGAGAGAUGAGCUCCAUGUUGGCUGAGCAGAAGGUAGAGCUGAGACACCUACAGAGAGAGAAUGAAGCACAAGCAGCCAAGUUGAAAGAAGUGGAGGUGCAGAAGACUCAGCUGGACCAGCUGAAGCAACAGGUCCAAGGUUUGUUUAUAGCACAUAUUUACCAGAAUCAAUG